UCACUGAAGUAGAUCGAUAACAUUUCCUGUUGUGAGUUGUUAGGUCGGUCGCAAGUAUGAGGAUGGAAACUGUGCUGCUGGAACAAAAGGACUCUUAUUUAAUUAAGAAAUUAAACCUGAACAACACGGGCAGCACUGCUUGAUCGCCAAACGGAAGUGCCUUAUGUCGCCACAGUGAGAAAUAACAAUUAAAGGGUUAUUAUUUUCUUCAAACCUACUGCCGGCAAAGAGGACCAUUUCUUUUUUUUUUGUUUGGCAGAGUCUGAGUGACCGUGGCAGAGAUGGAUCAUCAACAGAGAGAGAAGCUUUCUGAACUGGUUGAACAGCUGACAACCUCAGGAGAACCUCAGUUAAGCCCAGCUAAGAUGAAGGUGUUGAAACAAAUCUGCAGGGCCUCGGAGGAAUACAUUGAUCACGUGUACCACCUGAUCAUGGCGCAGCUGAACCAGAAGCAUGCGGAGGUCCGCCUGGCUGCCUUCCAGAUCGCGAGCGAGCUCUUCGUCCGCUCCCACCAGUUCAGGACGCUGCUGGUCUCCAACUUCCAGGAGUUCCUGGAGCUUACCGUGGAGACUGACCCGUCCGAGCAACCCCUGCCUCCGCCCAAGGAAGUUGCUCGGAAGCUGAAGAAGAUGGCUAUCGAAGCUGUACAGGAGUGGCAAGGCAAAUACGGGGAGGCCUACAAGAAACUUGCCCUGGGUUACCAUUUCUUGAAGCAGGUCAAAAAGGUGGAUUUUCAUGAUGUGGAAGCUAGGACGCUGGCAGAGAGGAAGAGAGAAGAAGAAAAACAGAAGAGGCUGGAGAGAAUUUACAAAGAAAAGGUCACAAAAGUUGAUAUGGAAAUGGAAGAAACCUCUACAGAGAUCCAGGGCUGUUUGACUGAAAUUGAGAAUUGCUUCAAGCUCCUGAUGCCAGACCCCGUGGAUUUUGCCAUCACCGACUUUGAGCCCUCGUCCACAGAAACUGAUAUCGGCAGCAAGCCAGCAGCUGCCACCCCCUCGCAGAGCGACUCAGGCAGCUCCUGGCAGGAAUACCAGACCACUGACCAUGAGCAGCCAUGCUGCAGUAAGGACCUCCGGCCCCACGCCACAGAGCAGACAGGCAGGGAGGAGGAGGAGGAGAGCGACGAACAAGACUCUGACAUGGAGUCCGUUCCAGAUGAAGAGUCAUUCAUUCGAAACACCGGCCUGAUUUCACAUAAAUACAACCUCACCCUUGACGUGUCCACAGAUCUAAAGGUACAGGAGAAUGAAGACAACAGUGCUGUGGUCAGCAACAUAAGGGACUUGCAGAGGCUCAUCACAACCAAGCACUUGCCUGCUGUGCAGACGUGGCUCCAGGUAUAUACCAAAGCUGGUGUAAAUGAUGAGCGACUGAAACGUGCAAUAGAUUUCAAGUCAGCCCUGGAGGCUGUGGUUAAGAAACAUGAAGACAUGCACAUUAACUACAAGAGAAGAGACAGGAAAGUGAUGAAGGCAGCAGCUGACGAUGAUGAAGAGGAUGACGAUUUCGAGGAGGUCCCAGAGAAGGAAGGUUACGAGCCCCACAUUCCAGACCACCUGCGUGGGGAGUAUGGCCUGGAUCCUGCCCCGGCCCCUAAGCCAGCAACGGUAAAAAGAGGGAGGCCAGUGAGGCCAGCUGUCCCUCACCUCCCACCCAGACCAAAGAGGAGUGUGAAUGACGAGGAGCUGGACCCGACCUGCGCUGCAGCCACACUCAGACUCCUGAAACACAGACUGCAGCCUGCCCCGUCCACCAGCAUGCCUGAAAGCUCCAAGUCAGCAGCCUGCGCUGCACAUGAGCCCAGCGGCAGUGAGGGAGGCGAGGUGCAAGAGGAGGAGAAAGCCCAGGCUCCCGUUAUGCCGUUCGGACUCGACCUGUAUUACUGGGGACAGGACCAGCCCACUGCUGGCAAAAUAAUCAAAUCCAGCUCCCUGCAUCAGUUCUGGGUCCCUCACGAGGUGGAGGAGGAGGUGGAGAAUCCGGAGCUGUCAGCCCUGGUGAAGACUCGUUACAUCACCUUCGCAGGGAAGUUUGAACCUGUCAAACACAAGUGCAGAGCACCACUGCCAAACGGGGCUCUUUGUGAACGCCAGGACCGAGUCAAGUGUCCGUUCCACGGACUCAUUAUCCCUCGGGAUGAGCUGGGAAACCCCACUAACCCUGAGGAUGCAGCCAGGCUGGAGAGGGAAAAGAGGAACAAGCAGGAAGAGCAGCCAGACUGGCGGGACCCGCAGCUGAUGAGGGAGAUUGAAGCCGCCACCGGGGUGGAUCUGGGGUCCUCCAAGAGCUUUGGGAAAGGGAAGGGGUCAAAGGGCAAAGGCAGGAAGAAGAAAUACCCUAACCUCACCGACCUCAAGCAGAACUCUAACACAGCCCGGUCAAGGCUGGAGAAGAAAGUAUUCAGCAAAGGUUCGGUGAAACGUGUGACAGAAGCAAUGAAUCGAAUCGACAAAAGGAAGCAUGAAAAGUUUGCAAACCAAUUUAACUAUGCCUUGAAUUAACGUGCAGAUGAGAUGCACCUCUUUCAGGCUGAACUGAAGCUGUUCCUUUCAGAAAAAUACUCAGGCAGCUGCACUGUACUGUACUGUUUCUUACCUUGUAUCAUUGCUAUUUAUUAUAAUGUACAGUUAAUUGUCUUUUUUGAUCACAGCAAUUGUGUAUUUUAAUGUUGCAAGCUUGUAAGUUUUAAUAUUCUGAUGAAUUGAAUAAUUUAGUUUCCAGUGUAAAAUAUCUGAUGACAGUGUUAUGAAGCCAGGUUUUGUAUUCUCUUUGUGUUUUCACCAUUACUUUUACACAUUCGGAGUCUCUUUUAAUUGCAGUGCCACUUAUCUUUUACACAUAAAUAUGCAUAGCCAAACAAUAAAUGUUUCUGUACUGAAGGUACCGUAAUUACAAAUAGAGACGUCUGUUUUUUUUUUUUUUUUUUUUAAGGUUAGGUUGUUGGAUGUAUUGAUGUG